GGCCAACCUGCUAGCUAUAACUGAGAAAUAUGGCAAUUUUGCAAAAUUUCGUCCUUUUCGCGGCCCUCGUGGCAACGAGUCGUUGCUUGGUGAUUAAGCCAGAAGCUGCAGUGCCCGUAGCCGCUGUGACUCCUCUGCCACCACUAGUUCCGUUGGCUGCGACUCAUCCCCUGUAUUACGGACACCAUCCCGCGGGGGUGGCACCAGUGGCCCCGGCCAUCGUCAAGACCAUCCACGCCGAUCCGCGUGACAAUCCCCAUCCUCAGUACAGCUACGUCUACGACAUCGCCGACCCAGUGACCGGUGACGUCAAGAGCCAGCAGGAGAGUCGCGACGGCGACGUAGUUCGCGGUAGUUACAGCUUCAUCGAGUCCGACGGCAGCAGACGCAUCGUCGACUACACGGCCGACGACAUCAACGGCUUCAACGCCGUCGUCAGGAGGGAGCCUGGAGUAGCGCCGCCGACGGGACCCGUUGGACCGUCAGCUUCAGCUCAUGUGCACCAGCAAAGCUACAACAAUCCGCUCAUCCACCAACACGCCUUGGCACCGCUUCCUCCGCUCUCUCACAAUCAUCUCAAUGUAGCUCCUGUUAUAGGACCAUCAAAUGCUUACUUAGCUUUACAACGUCAGCACGCCGCAGCUGCUGGUUUGGGUCUUAGCCAUGUUCACAAUUCACUGGUCAACCCAGUGUAUCAACAAUAUAUACCUGCUCAUCAUUAUCAGCCACAUUUACCCAUUGGUCGUAUCGGAUAUGCUCUGAAUAAUGUGCCUUUUGGCUAUGCUCAUCAGCAUUAAAAUUUUUAUUUUCAUUUUAGCUCGAUACUGUUUUAGAGAGAAAAACAAAUUAAGAAUACAAAAUGAUAUAUUCCGUCGAAAAAAUCAUCUAAUUUACCUAAUAAUUAAUCACCGAAAGAUACCAGCCUUAGAUUAUCCUGGUUAAAUUUAUAAUUAAUAUAGAACACCUUAUUUAAUUAAA